AUGACUCAAUCAUUAUUUCUUAAUUUUCACAAUGCCCUCCAGGCGUCCAGCAGCUCUAAAAGCAUCGCUUUCAAAAUCAACAGGAUCAAUGGGGUCAGCAAUGCCACCUUCAACUCUAAGGCCAUUAAUCAGCCAUCCGAGAGGCACCAGAUUUCUGCUAUCACUGAGUAAGAAGAACUUGUUAGAUCAAUGGCCCAACCAUGAAUGUACUUCUCGUGUUCGUAGAUUCUCCGUUCGGCUUCCUUCUCACCCUUCUCCUCUUCGUUCUUCUCUUUCGCUUCGCCCUCGUCUUCUUCUUCCUCCUCUUCCUCUUCAUUCUCUGCUCCAAUCUCGUCCAUCUCCUCUUCUCUUUCCUUCCCUGUCCUCGAUGACGACUCCUCAAGCUGCCGGUGACUCAUCUCAGGCUUCCCAAACCAAAACGGUUCGGCUUGUGAUAAAGGGGAGGGUUCAGGGUGUUUUCUAUAGGAACUGGACAGUGGAGAAUGCUACCCAGCUAGGGUUGAAGGGUUGGGUCAGGAACAAAAGGGAUGGUAGCGUGGAAGCUCUUUUCUCUGGUAGUCCUGAUGUUGUACAAGAGAUGGAGCAGAGAUGCCGCCGUGGUCCUCCUGAUGCCAUGGUUACUGGCCUUCAGGUUUUCCCUUCCAGUGAUGAUCCUGGCACUGCAUUUCAGCAGAAACCAACAGUCUGAACAUUCUACAUGUAACGAGCUUGUUGCUCGAUUUCUAUCUUAGCAAGUAUAUAUAGUCUUUUUCUCAACUGAGGAUAAAAUAGAUGAAGUUGCAUUGCAUGCAAAUUCAAUGUUGAUAAUCCUGUUAAAUAAAUGUGACCUGAAUGGCUUCUGUACCCUUUGGUAUGAGAUAUGACGGUUCCUUUUCCUCUUAAAUGAGUUUUGUUUGAUCUGUUUUUUUUUUUUUUUUUUUUUUUUUUUGCUGUCAACUUCUCAAGCAUUGCAACAGUCUCUGAGUGAGUUCUGACUGCUGAGAAAUGAGUCGAUUUAUGUUUGUUAAAAUGCAAUUGCCUUACGUAGUUAGAUAUUUAGAUAUACUAAUUGUCUCAUUCCAGCUUUGUAGUCUAUUUGGAUGUGGAGAUGAAGAAGAAUGUUUGAGGAACAACAAAUGUUUGUCAAAACAACGAGUUAAUUAUUGUAGCCGCUAAUGCUUUUUCAAAUGCAUUCUUUGCUUGCCAUAUACUAGUAUUUCUGUUGUGCAAAUAAUUUGUUUGGGGAAGAAAUUUUCUGCGCCCUUAAAUCUACUUGUAUGAAAAACAGAAAGGAAGACAUGGAAACAGGUUCUAUCAGAUGAUUUUGGGUUUCAUACAGCCUCUAAAGGAAGAAAUUUGCUAUAUGUGAUUUAUAAACUGAAUUCAAGCGUCUUGUUUUUCUUCUUAUCCCCGCAGCUGUGUGCCUGUAGCCUUGUCUUGGAUGAUACCAUACAUAAAUGAGUGGAUUUGCAAAUGGUACCAAUCUGAAUUCUAAGAGAUGGAAUGAACAAAGGUGGUACUGGUGCUGACACCAUAAGUUUAAAGACGAAGCAAUCUCCUCUGCUUCCCUGAGUUCCUCAUUUCCAGUGCGUUCUGGAAAUCUUUUCUUCCCUGAACUAAAUGUUGUGCUGUUGAACUCCACCAAGCGGUCUGAUGGCUGCACGUCUUAUUGAGGUCGGUGAGCUGUUCAUCAGAUUUGAAGAUCGAAUCCCCAAUUGCUAACAUUUAAUAAUAUUAACCUACUAACUAUUGCCUUUAUCAAAAAAAAAAAAAAAAUGUUGUGCUGUCUGCACAGUUCUUCCCUUCUUUGAAGCCACGUUAAAAGCAGUCCCCUAACAAAAGUAUAACGUUUUG